GUGUCAAGCUAGCGGUCUGUACUGUUUCCUCCAGGACAAAAACCAGAAGUGAGUCUCUCUCUCUCUCUGUGGUGUUGCAGGAGGAGCUGGACGCAUCUCUUUUUCCAGCUAGUUAAACCCAAAGCCACCACCAGAUGUUCGACUAGUAACUUUCGGCCGUGUGUUUUUGCUUAUUCUCCUGUUGGAUCGCGAGUGUUUUACUGAUGACUUCCUCUAUCUCAUCCUGGAUUUGGAGUGAGAGAUUUUGGCUUCCCGAAAAUGUUACAUGGGCGGACCUGGAGCGACCACCACCUGGUGAGGAGUAUCCUCGCAUGAGACACAUCCUGUAUGCUCUACCUCUGGCUGUAGGAGUCUUUCUACUUAGAAUGAUCUUUGAAAGGCUAGUGGCCAAGCCCUGUGCCCACAUACUUCAGAUUCAGGCAGGAGUGCCUCGGCAAGCUCAUCCCAAUGCUGUCCUGGAGAAGGUGUAUCAGUCCAAAACGCCGCCAGACACAAGGCAGCUGGAGGGACUCUCCAAGCAGCUGGACUGGGAUGAACGGAAAAUACAGAGGUGGUUUCGCGUCCGUCGGAACCAAGACAGGCCCAGUAUGCAGAAAAAGUUCUGCGAGAGCAUGUGGCGAUUUACAUUUUAUCUGGGGAUUUUCAUCUAUGGCAUUCGACAUUUGUGGACGUCGCCUUGGAUGUGGGACACCAGACAGUGUUGGUACAACUACCCUUUCCAGCCUCUUAGCGCUGGACAGUUCAACCACUACGCAGCUGAGCUCGCUUUCUAUUGGUCUCUGAUGUUUUCUCAGUUCAUAGACGUUAGACGUAAGGAUUUCAUGAUCAUGCUUGUCCACCACCUGGCCACCAUAUUCCUCAUCACAUUCUCCUAUGCCAACAACAUGCUUAGAGCUGGCACUUUGGUCAUGUGUGUGCACGAUGCGUCCGACAUCUUCCUCGAGGCUGCCAAGCUGGCCAACUAUGCCAAGUACCAGAGGCUAUGUGAUGGCCUGUUUGUGGUGUUUAGCAUAAGCUUUUUCUGCACGCGACUCGUCAUCUAUCCUUUCUGGGUUGUUUAUAGUGUUCUGAUUGAGAGCUGGGAGAUCGUUGGGCCGUACCAGGCCUGGUGGCUGCUCAAUGGGUUGCUGUUGGUGCUGCAGACUCUUCACAUCAUCUGGUUCUACCUCAUCGCUCGCAUUGCUAUCAAAGCCAUUUUCAAGGGAAAGGUGGCGAAAGACGACCGCAGUGACAUCGAGAGCAGCUCAGACGAGGAGAUUUAUUCCAAUUCCAGUAAAAGUCCCAGUCAGACCCUAAAACCAAAGGACAUCAGUCACACUGGUAAUGGAGAAGCUCAUGACCACUGAGUGUCAUGAGGGGAUGUUUAUUUCCAGUGUGGCUUUUUUUUUCACCUGCUGCGUGCCUGUGUGACCCACCUUGACCUCCUCAAAAGACAUUAAACAUUUAUUUUUCAACCAGAAAGCUUUGCUGAGUCGUUCAAAUGGAGAGUGGACUUGGAUACAGGGGAACGCCUUGUGUGGAAUAAAGACUUAGCGCUGUCUUACUGAGUCAAGUU